AUGCCAAGGAUCUGUUUCACAAAGACAGGUCGGGGCCGUGGGUGGAGAUCACUAACUGCUAUCAGCGUGGCCCUGAUCCUGUCUAUAAUCUCCACCAGGGCAGGGGUCCAGGGCGCUCCAGCGGGCUCGCCUCCGCAGCUCCCAACCCCCGGUUCGGUGCCAGCGGCCAGGACACCUGGGCGGCAGCGGGGCGAGAACGGGGCUCCGUCCCCCCUGAGGCCCGGCACGUGCAGCCGCCGGGACCCCGCGCGCUCGCCCACCCCCGCCCCGCCCGGGACCGAGACCGCGGGACUGCCCGUGGAUCAGCGAAGGUUAAGGGUCGAGGUCCGCACUGAGCCCUGCGGCCAGGGUGGAGGGGCCCGGGGAUCGCGCGCUGAAGCCAGAACAAAGGUUGGAAAGAGCGGAGCCCUAGGGUGCGGCUCUCUCCGCCCCGGGCCCAGGUGUCGGGGUGUGGCCGGACCGAGCCGGCCACCGCCGCCCGGGUCUCCCUCCUCCGCGGAAGCCCCCGGGGCCCCGGCGGCCGCGGGGUCUUGGGGCCGCCUGCCCGCGCCGAGCCGCCCGCGGGCGCCUUUGUGUCCGGAUCUGGGUGAACGAAACCGCCACCGGUUUGCUCUCGCGUCCGAGUUCCCUUUUCAGAUUCCCUCCCCCCCACCCCCACCCCCACCCCGCUCCCCGCCCGGGAGCCGGGAGGCCGCAGCCAAGGCUUCAUCUCUAAAAAGUAGACGCGGGCCCCGCCACCUCUACCCCGCCUCCGGAAGUGCCGGUCCCCGCCACCCACCCCAGGCAGAAAACAAUCCUUCUAUGAAGAACCUAAUGCCAGGCUUGUGGUACUCAGCGCCCUGCGGUGACUCCCGGGCUAGCUUCCUUGAAGCCUGUGAAGGACUCGCACCGGUUCUUCAUCCCCCUUCUGAGCAGAGUAGCCCAGCGAGACAAAGGGAUGUCUCCCCUGCGAGGGUCCAGGCUCCCGAGACGGAAGGGACUUUUACGGAUCAUCUCUGAAGAAAUGGAAGCUCCAGAAAGAUAAAUACCUUCUCCCAAGUCACGCCGCCUGUAAAUGGCUGAGUCGGGACGAGGAGGAAGGGAACCAACAUGGGUACGGCACCUACUCCGCGUCCAAGAGCCUCACAGAAGUCGUCUUCGCUCCAUCUGCAGAGGAGAUUCAGGGAGGUUUAGGCACCACGCCGACAUCACACAGCGAUGAAGAGGCAGGGCUGGCAGUUGAAUGUAGGUCUAGCUGAUUCUUAUAAUCUGUAAUUCUUUUCUUUUAAAAAUAUUUAUUUUUACUUAUUAGGCUGCAAUGGGUCUUAGUUGCGGUCCACCGAAUCAGUGGGGGCAUGUGAAUUUUUUUUUUUUUUUCCUGGUUGCGGCAUGUGAGAACUAGUUCCUUGACCAGGGAUUGAAGUCGGCCCCCCUGCACUGGGAGUGCCCACUCUUAGCCACUGGACCACCAGGGAAUUCCCAUAAUCUGUAAUUCUUGCUAGGCCUUAUCUGUCUGGUUCACACGUGUCUCCCCAACAUCGAGGGAAUGAAUGAAGGAAUCAAGCUCUUUCCAGUCUCCCACACCUCCAUCCAGAUUCACCCUGAUCAAAGUUAACAGACCCUAGGGGCGAUUACACGGUUGCCAUGGUAACCGAACUUUAGAAGUAAGUGCUUCAGGCUAUCCAGGACAAAACCAGUGAACCCUUCUCUCUCUGCAAUAAUUACAGCUUUUCUGUCCAAGCCGACAAAGGUUAACACAAAGCAGCAAAGAGGAGAGAGUGCCUGAUGACAAUAAAGUCAUACUUUAUUGCUCUUGA